GGCUUGGCAGACGCGCCGGUACCAAAGCUGAUGGAGGCUGGUUCCACAUCAUUUGCUCCUCUCUUUCAAAAUUGAAAUGUUGUAGCGUAGCUAUCUGUAUGUGUUAUUAAGUACGUAUUAAUUGUUUCAUUCAGUACACAGCGUCGUUGGAAUAGUGUCACUGAGGAGAAAACACAGCAUCUUGGGUGCUGAACAGUGCAUAUAAAAAACACUUCCAUCAUGAAGUCAGAUAAUCAACCAGGAUACAUUAUUUUGUUGCUCUCUUGUCUCUCUUCAGUGCAAGGCUCGUUACGUGUGGACGACGUGACGUGCGGCUCGGUGGUGAAGCUGAUGAACACGGCGUACAAGUCGCGGCUGCACUCGCACGACGUCAAGUACGGCUCUGGCAGCGGCCAGCAGAGCGUCACCGGCGUCGAGGAUCAGGACGACGUCAACAGCCACUGGUCGCUGAUGGGCGCCUCCGGCAAGCACUGCGACCGCGGUGAGCCGUUACCGUGUGGAACGAAGCUGCGACUGCAGCACCUGACCACCAAGAAGUUCCUUCACUCCCAUCACUUCUCGUCACCUCUGUCGAGGAAUCAAGAAGUUUCGGCGUUCGGAACUAAAGGCGAGGGUGACUCGGGCGACAACUGGGAGCUGGUCUGCUCGGGCGACGACUGGCGCCGGGGCGACACGGUCAUGCUCCGACACGUGGACACGGGCGCGUACCUGGCCAUGUCGGGCCACAGCUUCGGCCGGCCCAUCUCCGGCCAGAUGGAGGUGGUGGGCAUCACCUCUCCGGACACCACCGCCAAGUGGAAGGUGCAAGAGGGCGUUUACAUCAAGCCGGCGUCCGACCAUCACCACAACGACGGCCACGACGAGCUCUAGCGAGAUCUGCUGUGAUAGCCGUGUACGGAGGCGCGCGAGCGUAUUUAUUUGGCGUGCGGCAGGGAUGUGGAGGUGACGGCAGGAUGCCCCGGCUGGAGAGGCGGCUCAUGGACGGUAUCGGGAGCGGUGCAGGGCUGGGCUCUGCCUGUGGACCAGUCGGCGGCGGCAGUGGUGAAGUCCAAUGGCCAGACUCGCGCGGCCUGGGCCGCCACCAACCCACCGGUGCCCGGUCAGGGGCUGGCAGGGAGACAGGUCAGCGGCGUUUGGGCGCGCUCGGGUCGCGGCAUAAAACAACGUGACGUCCGCUUCCGGUCUUGUCAUGAAGCGUGUCUUGCAGUCAGUCCAUGUCUCGGGAGUGAGUUUUGUUGGCUUGCGUGCCAUGGAUGGCAUCGUAGUUGUUUUGUUCGGAACGGGAACAGUGAUUCUGCACUGCACGACUGUUGAAACAUGUAAUGGGCAUGUGCACUCCGUUUCGCAGACACUGAGCGGGGAAUAAACAUCUGUUAGUCCAAGCACGACUCACGUCAAAAUGCAUUUUUCGCCAAAUACGUGUUGGCGCUUCUUCUUUCCGUGCCAGCCAUUGCAAUGUAUGAAGGACUCCUUUCGACUAUCUAAUGGGUGUUGUUCCGCUCACUACUCAUGGGACGUGUGGACCGCGGCACUACAUGUUCGUGCGCUGUGUGAUACGACAUCCGGUUGUUUUCGUUGUCCUCAAACCUGUCGUUACAAAUUACCUCGUGUGUCACUGAAUAAUCGUGCCGUCUCACAGUGACUGCGUGUUUACACUGCAAAUGGAAAGUGUACUGGGA